AUCGUUUCCGUCAGUUGAGGUUAUGUUUUUCUGUAUCUGUUUAGCGACGUGCUUGGCUGAUCUGAAAGUAUAGGAAAGUCUUAUAAGACAUCUUUUCGAAGGAUUUGUAUUCAAAUAUUAAAUCACUAUGAGUGACUUAUAUGGAUCUAGCAGUGACUCUAAGCUUGGAGAUGAUUCAAACAAGGAGAAACUUCAAGAGGAGCUACAACAACUUACAGCAUUAUCAGAACUGCAAGCUCAGGUUGUGGAAUUCACCGAUGUCUGUUGGGAUAAAUGUAUGGGUACCCCUGGAUCGAAGCUUGACUCAAAAACACAGACCUGUAUGCAAAACUGUGUCGAAAGAUUUUUGGAUGUAACUAUGUUUGUUACUCAGAGGUUCGCCCAAAUUGUCGAAAAGAAUCAAUCAAUGAGAUGAUUAUGCUAUGUUGUAGAUUUGUCUAGUUUUCAUUACAUAUUCCAGUACAUUAUGGACAUUCACCACAAUGUUCUUAUGGUCUUUAUUGUUAAUGCUGCCUCUAGUGAAUGUUAAGAAGUAACUCGUAAUGUUAUGCAGCCAAAGAACUAUUUAGCAACAGCCGCUCUUAAAUUUCAUGUUCUAAUAAAUUACUUCAAUUGAACUGA